AUGGACAUGCUUUUAGGUUGCUAUGAUGGCAAUAGAAUGGAGGUGGUGGCUGCAGUGAAAGAUCCAGAAGAAGAUAUGGGUCAUGCAGAUGACAUUCAAUAUGACGAUAUGCAAGAUUUAAGUGUAAACAGUAGAGUGAACAAUGACAUAAUUGUAGAUGGUUUGUGUGAUGGUUCUUUUGCGGCCCAGGCUGAAGAAGUAUACUGGAGGAUGCCACCUGAAAUACUGACUUCCAUAUGCAAUGAUUCUGUUUCCUUCUUAUGCAAGAGGGAGUGUUUCCCAGCUGCAUUGGAAGUUUACAUCUUGAUGAGAUUGAAAGGUUUGACAGUUUGGAGUAAGUCAUACUAUAUUCUCCUUAAGAGCCUCAUAAAUAGUAGAAAUGGUUUGAUUGUUGAGAUGAUUUUCUGUGACGUCAUAAAGGCAUGCAGAGUUUUUGAGCCUAGGAUGGUAAACAUUAUCUGUCUCUACCUUUGCAAAAAGAAGGUGGAAGAAGCAAUUCACUUUUUAGCUGGUUUGAGUAAAAGAAAUAUUUCUCUUGGUGUUCUGACAGUAGUUGUCAACACUCUUAAGGAAAAGGGCAGAGUUCAAGAAGCACUUGAUUUUCUCUUGGAAGCAGAAGAAAGCACUGCUUCUGCAGAUGAAGUUGUAUAUUCUAUCCUUGUGGAUGGAUUUUGUAAGGUAGGAUCUCUUGAGAAGGCUUUAUAUCUUUGCUCAAACAUGAGAAAGAUGGGCAUCACUCCAAAUAUUGCUACCUACAACUCAGUGAUGCAUGGUCUGUGUCGUGAAGGAUGUUUGGUUGAGGCAUUCAGAGUAUUUGAUUCUCUGGAGUGUAAUGGUUUAUUUCCUACCGUUGUUACUUAUGCUACUCUUAUAGAUGCUCUAUCUAGAGAAGGGUUCCUUCAAGAUGCAAAGCAUUUGCUUGGAAGAAUGGCUAUUAUUGGCAUCUCUCCUAAUAUACGCAUUCUCAACUCCCUCAUAAACGGAUAUUGCAUAUUUGGUCUUUUAGAGGAAGGCAUAAAAUUAUUCAAAGAUUUGGCUGGGUGCUCCUUCGAACCAGAUGGCCUCACUAUCAGUUCUCUCAUAUAUGGCUAUUGUACCAAAGUUGAAGAAGGGAAUCAUUACUUCAAUUCUAUGAGGUCUGUUCAUGGCAUUGAACCGGGCCCUGAUCACUACACCUGCAUGGUUGAUCUGUUUGGCCAUGCUGAUCUCCUGCAAGAGGCAUUGAACUUGAUCAACUCCAGUCCGGAUGGCCCCCAUUCAGCAGCAUGGGGGGCUCUGCUCAGUGCUACUGGGCAACAUUUAAAUUGCAAUAUGGCAAAGUUUGCGUCUGAUAUACCCGAGGCUUCAAUGGAGAGAAAAGUUGCUAAUUUUGGAAAUAUUGAGAACAAAAUCUUCGAUCCGGGAAUCUGUUUUCUGCAACAAUCUCUUUUUCAAUAA